AUAUUGCCAUAUACAAACACCAUAACUAUAAACCCUGUAAUAAAAUCAGCUUCGCAGUGUGUAUAUUUGUAUAUAUAUACAUACCUUAAAAAUAAUUUAUUGGAAAUUACUACGUACAUAUGGCUCUCAAUUAUACGAUUUCGCUUACGUUCAUCGUUUUAAUGUUGCACUUAAGAAAUAUUAACGGCGACCCACCUUCGCCUGGGUACUACCCUAGUUCAAGAAUAGGGUCCAUAGCGUUCGAUCAAGGGUUCGAUAAUCGGUGGGGUCCACAACAUCAACGUUUAGACCAAGGCACACUUACCGUUUGGCUCGACAGAAGCUCCGGAAGCGGGUUCAAAUCGGUCAAUUCUUACAGUUCCGGUUAUUUCGGGGCAGCCAUAAAGCUUCACCCCGGUUACACUGCUGGAGUUAUCACUUCUCUCUACCUGUCGAACAACGAAGAGUACCCGGGGAACCAUGACGAGAUUGAUAUAGAAUUUCUCGGGACGACGCUCGACAAACCGUAUGUGUUGCAGACGAAUGUAUACAUGAAAGGGAGUGGAGAUGGUAAUAAUAUUGUUGGGAGAGAAGUUAGAUUCCAUCUUUGGUUCGAUCCUACUCAAGAUUUUCACAAUUAUGCCAUUCUAUGGAUCCAACUGAAAUCAUGUGAGUUUAUUUAAUAAU